AACGCAUACAUGAUUUAAAGACGUGGUCCUAAAAACAUCACUCUCUACCUUUUUCCUCUCAAAAUUAAAUUCCCACUUCUACCACAAGCCUAUAUCAUCAUCCUUUGUUCUCUUCUUCUUUUCUUCACAUCAACUUUAGUUUUCUUCAUGGGAACAGCUGGUCAUCAUCAUAUGAAAUCCAUGGAGAAGAAUGAUGACUUGUUGCUAAUUUCCACUAGUGACGAUGCUAAGAAGAAGAUUAUUACAACAAAUAAUACUAAUAAGAAAGGGUCACCAAAUUCUUCUUCACUAAGGAGUUGUCAAGCUGAUAAAUGUAGUGUAGAUUUAAGUGAUGCUAAGCAGUACCAUAAGAGGCACAAAGUCUGUGAAUACCAUGCAAAGUCUCAAGUCGUCGUCGUCGCCGGACUCCGGCAACGCUUCUGUCAACAAUGCAGCCGUUUUCAUGAGCUGACGGAAUUUGAUGAAUCGAAGAGGAGUUGUCGAAGGCGUUUGGCUGGGCAUAACGAAAGGCGAAGAAAGAAUUCAUCAUCAUCAUCUGCAGAUCAGCCUCCUAAUACUAUUGCAGAAGGUUCAACCAGAAAAGGAACAGUGACACUCAACACGGACAUUAACAACAUGAUGUGUGGUCAAGUUGAUGACAGAGGAGGAAUUCACGUAUCUAUCCAAGAGAAUUCCACUUACAAAAACUUCCAUCUCCGUUGAAAAAAUGCAUGCAUGUUUAUAGUAUAAAAUAAUUGCUCUCUCUCUUCUGUCAUAGUUCUCUCUAAGUAAUCUGUUUCCAAAAUAAUCAUCAUCAGUUACACCACCAGUGGCUUAAUUUAUCAAUUAUCUGCACUAAAAACAAUAUCAGUUAUCAUUAUGAUAAUGAACUACUGUCAAAUACCAGAAUCAUGCAUGGCUGCUGGUAGUUUAUAAGUACUAUAUAUUGAUCUGUGGUUGCUUUCUGCUAUAUAUAUCUAACUAAGAUAUGUGUGAUCUCAAUGUAAUUAAAGUAUUAGUGACUUUAAGGACUUGGUACGUUAAGGUUGUUGUAGUCCUUGUAGAGUUGUAGUAGGACAGAGGAUUUAUCGCGAUUUUAAUUUUAUUAUGGUGUUUUCUCUA